AUUGAAAAAAUCGAGUGAUCGGUUCGGUCGGUCCAGGGGCGGUUUUUCGGGAUGGAUUGAACUGAACCAACCUAGGUUUUGUUCGGUCUCGAUUUUUUGAAAAUCUAUACGGACCAAACUGAACCGAAUCGAACCGAAUGCUGGCCCAACCUAUCUCUAACUCUCCAGUCUUCGCUCCAGACCGCAGACACCCUCGUCCCUCCCCUUCUCUUCCCCCAGUUCUCUCCCUUCUCUCUCACCUCCACGAUCUCCGCCGCCUUCCUCCACCAGCGCCGCCCUCGCCUCCGCCGCCCCCACCACGCACGCCGCCUUGUCCGCCAUCCCCCAUUUCUCUCACUUCUCUCUCACCCGAUUCCUCAACCACAAACACCAAAGGAACCUUUGGAGUUCUUGUCCAGAUCGUGGAGCCUCUCUGCUUCCGAGAUUUCGAAAGCUCUGGCUCAAAAACAAAAACACUUUCCGGUUGAUAAGGAACCGAACGGAAUACCAGAGACAACACUUCCACCUAUACAUCUUAGGUCAUUGCUCUGUAGAGCUCAAGGUAUUCACAGGCACGUCUUUAUCAACAACUAGAAAAGUUGCAAUAUGACUAGUAUGGCAACUAAGCGUAACGUUCGUUAUACUCGUCUUGCUGCUGAUGAAGAUGACUAUAUUGUUGGUGGAUAUGAUCCUCGAUAUGACUAUGCACCGAAGUCCUUUGACAAAGUACCUUGGAAAUCCAUUGCCCUUGCACUUUUCUUGCUCUCUCUUGGAUGCAUGCUUCUCUUUCUCUCCUACUUCAUCUUCACAGGCCACAUGGGAGGAGAUCGGUCUCAAGGUUAUGGCCUUUUAGGACUUGGAAUUCUCACCUUCCUCCCAGGAUUUUACGAGACUCGAAUUGCAUAUUACUCAUGGAGGGGUGCUGCAGGGUAUCGCUUUGCUUCCAUUCCUGACUAUUGAUUACUCGAACUAAUAGAUGUAUAUUGCUGGUGUACACAGCCACUUUUUGUCAGAAUUUGUAUAAUCAGUGAGACCAAUGUACAUCUGUUUGCUUUAUACUUUCAAACUCAUUCCUAGUGAAGUUUCUGUAUUUGAAAAAUACUGGAAAUGCUUAUGUCACCUUUAUUUAGCUUU